CAUUUAUUCAGUUGGUUGUAAUUUACAACUUGUAAAUAAAAAAGAUUGUUGGCAGCGCAUUGACGUGACGUGGGGUUACUUCUUGGAAAAAUCUCUUUGAAUUUUUUAAGGUAAUAUGUUUGACCACUCGAUUAAAGUCCCGCGUUUGUAUAAAACUACAGCUAAAAUUUAUCGGCAAGUUAAGGAAGGAACUGGCAGUCUCAAGCAGUUGGUGUAUGAAAAAAAGCAUCCAAAUAUAAAAGCCAUAUACGCUUUGGUGGUAGAAGCAAUACACAGAGAUUCCGAGCUAAAUAAAUUAAUUGAAAGGUCUGAGAUAUUGAAAAAAGAACCCAGAUUUGAUCCCUGGCUGGCAAGAAUUCUUAUAACUGAAUUAUUAUUUGGAAAAUUGAAACUGCCAGGAGAAUCAAAACCAAUUAAGACGGUUUUAGCUUAUGAACAAAUAUUUAAAGCACACAAUAGCGAUAUUGUCAUACCCAAAUCAUCAGAAGUAAACCAAGUUAAUAAACCAAGAUAUGUCAGAGUAAACACUCUAUCUUGCACAGUAAAUGAGGCUAUUGAAAAUUUUUCAGAAGAAGGUUGGGUUCUAAGUAAACAUCUAGACAACAAAGACUAUACAGGUUUUCUGGAAAAAAUAAUUCAACUUAAUGAAGAUGAAUUUAUACCAGACAUACACAUACCAAAUCUACUAAUAUUUCCAAUAAAAACACAAUUUUACAGACAUCCAGCAUAUAAAAAUGGACAAAUUAUUUUACAGGACAAGGCGAGUUGUCUGCCGGUGCACAUCUUGGCUCCACCCCCAGGUAGUGUUGUUCUCGACAUGUGCGCAGCGCCCGGCAUGAAAACCACGCAGGUUGCUGCGAUUUUAAACGACCAAGGCUUGGUAUACGCCGUGGAAAAAGACGAACGACGGUUCAAAACUCUGGAAAAAAUCGUGGAAUCGUCUAAAGCAACUUGUAUAAAAUGCUUUAACAAGGAUAUAUUGACUUGCGAUAACGAAACUUUCCCAAACGUCGAAUACAUUUUAGUGGAUCCAAGUUGUUCUGGAUCAGGUCUUACUGACAGAUUAACGGUGGAAGAAAAGCAAAGCCAAUUUCGACUAAACAAAUUGGCCGGUUUUCAAAUAAAAAUCCUGCGCGCUGCUCUGACGAGGUACCCCAAUGCUAAGCGGGUUGUAUACUCAACUUGCUCCACCUAUCUUGAAGAAAACGAAGAUGUGGUGAGACAGGUGCUGGAAACCAACUUGAAUUUUAAGUUGGUAGAAGCCAAACAGUUUGUUAAUAAUGCCUGGUUGAAUUUUGGCUCGGAAGAUUUCGGAGAAAUGGGUAAAUUUUGUUUGUACGCAAAGCCUGAGUUGGAUUUGACCAACGGUUUUUUUGUCGCUGUAUUUGAGCGGGUUCAGGAGGGUGAAGAAAAUAUGUUUUUUAAUAAAAAAAAUUAUAAUUAUAAAAAAUAUGAGCAGGAUAAGAAAAGAAGAGGUAAUUUUAAUGAUGAAGAAUAUGAACAAGAAAAUACUAUAGAUGAUGAUCCAAAAACUCUUGAAGAAAAACCCAAAAGAAGAAAGAAAAAUAAAUUAAUUUCAGAACAAGAAAUACCUGAGGAAAACAAUGGUAUAGUAAAAGCAAAUCAAAAAAAUGUCAUAAAUAAUGACGAAGAAAUUCUAGAAGAAAGACCCAAAAAGAAGAAGAAAAACAAGUCCAUUUCAAAAGAAAUAACAGAGGAAAACAAUGAAAUAGUGGAAUAUAAAAAGAAAAAGAAGAAAAAAUCAAAACAUCUCAAGGAAGAAAUUUUGGAAGAAAAGUAUGAGGUUGUUGAAGAAAUACAAAAUGAAAAACAGAAGAUUUUGAGAAUUAAAGAUAAUGAACAAAUCCAAGAAACAGAGGAAAAACACAAACCAAAAAAGAAAAAAUCAAAAAGUGUAGAUGUGGAAGAAACUGAACUAAAAGAUCCAGAAGGUCCUAAGAAAAAGAAGCACAAGAAAAAAGAUAAAGAAUAAUUAAGUAUUAUUAUUAUUCAAAUGUUUGUA